AUGCGCACUCUCCGCCGCUAUCUGCGCCGAACCGCCAAGUUCUUUGUCAGCUUCCAAGUGGAGUUACGCGGACACUAUUCAGUGAACCGCAUGCGCAACUUCGACGAUUACCACCGCACCUCCUCGACAUUUCGAGCUCUCUUCCUGUGCUUCAUACUGCCAUUCCCGUGCCUUAUCGUUCUCUCGAUGGUAGACGCCGCUCCCUUAGCGCCACCGAGCAGCAGUUCCAGAGACAACUACAUGUUUUGGAUCCGAGACUGCAUCCUGGUCGUGCUGCUUACCAGAGCCAUCAUAGAGCAGAUCAGUAUCAACGUCCCAGGUUUACACAUGACCUCCAUGCAGCGAUUAGUUCUGUCGGUUGCUGCUACACUGGUAGCCACAGCGUAUAGAAUGGUAUGCUCGCGCCUGAUCGGGUUCCCGCUGCCUUUCCAGUUAGUUUUUGGCAUCCCGGUGUGGCUCGCCCCCCUUGUCAUCUGCUUCGUGGGGUUCUUUGGGUCAAUUCUGAAGCGAGAUCGUGUGCUGUUAUGGGAGUUGAUCAUGGCUAUCGUGGUGCUCAAUUGCCAGAUUCUGCUGACAUUUGCUUAUCCGAUUGAUUUCUACGGCUUCCAGUCCGUUGGCGAAUCCGGCCAAAGGUACUACGUCAUGCUGCUCCCGAUCAUGAAAAUCCUAGCGAAAAACCUGAUCAGCGGAACCUUGGGAACCAAAUACGACCUUCUCCCGCAGAUCAUGAUCUUUAACGUAGACGUGUUCAAUGCGCUGUACGUGUCGAGCUCGAUGCAGACCUCGAACAGUAUCACGACGACGUUUGUGAUGGUGAUGCUGGAUGCAGUCCAGGCGCUGAUAUCCCUUUCAGACAUCAGCGGCUUUAUGAGGCACAUUGUUCUUUUACGGCGUAAAAUCCCUGACAGGCACCUCUUAAAAUCCGUGAGCUUUGUGGAUAUCGCCUUGCAGAUCAUCAAGGAGGACGACCAGGCAAUGAGUCAUCUCGAUUCUUGUCGUUACAGCUCCGCAGUGGCUGUUCUACGGAGAAAACUCUCCAGCGAAAGUAGCUUCAUCUUCCGCCGCACUAGUGAUGCAUCCAAGAACGCCAAACGGGUGGUACCAACGUCUGCUCGUGGCGUAGCAGUGAUGGUUGCCCCAGUUAGCCACCCCCCAGUGCCCCCAAAGCAAGAUGCAACAGAUCCCAGAAGUUCGAUGCUGAACGUGUUCUCAUCGAAAGAACGGAAAUUGUUUGUUCACAAGACGGCCCAGGUCCUCUUCACGACGGAGUUCGUCAUGCUUGUGGAGUACACCGAAGUCAUCUUUCUGUCGCUGCUGGUGAUCGGCUUCGUGCUUCAACGCAAGCUCGGCAUCUCCAUGCUGCGAUUGAUUUCGUUCGUGCUGGACAAGGGCUGGCGAAUGGUGCAGGCCAAUCUGUGCCUGUGGAUUUUCUUCACGGUUGAGAGCUCUCUUGAACACAGCGGGAAUGACUACAGCUUGUCGUUCAGCUGGCUACAUGAGAAAAACUAA